CUCAACGUGCAUAUAAAAUGAGACUUACAAAGAAUCGAAAAAAAAAACAGAUUAACUUUAAACUCGUGUACGUAACAGCGCCUCGAUCCAAUUAAGUAUGCGAGUCAAUUGAUGCCAUGCACACAAUACGUCAGGAUACCAAGUAGGCUAAAGAAAGGGCGCCAACUUCAACGCAUGCGCAAACUCAAACGGCGAACAGUUCCACUCACGUUGCUCAGUAUCCGCGGAGACCGCAAUCCGAACGCACGGGUCUAAAAAAGCCUUGCUUGUCGUGGACGCGAGUGCACGUAAGAUUGGAGCCGUAUUAACGCAAAGGGUUUUCGCGGUGGAAUGGUCGUGAGGGCAUAGUUCGUGCGAUGCGCUUAGCGCGUGAUGGGCGCGCUAGGCGUGAUAGUGGCGCUUGCGCUGGUGAAGUCCUGUGCACCACUCUACCACCACCAGUUCGCUGUGCAUGUGCCGGGGGGAGCGCCGGCAGCGCACGAGUUAGCACACCGUCACGGUUUCCUCAAUCACGGACAGAUCGGCAGCCUGAACCAUUUCUUCCUGCUGUCACACCCACACUUGAGCAAACGCUCGCCCAACGCCAGUAUAGACUACGAGAAUAGACUGAAAAAUGAUCCGCAGGUGAGAUGGGUGAUGCAGCAACGGGAGUUGAGGCGGUCAAAGAGGGACCUCCAACCGCGGCACGUCAUGCGGCAGUCGACUCCGUCCUUCCCAGACCCGCUGUUCAAGGAGCAGUGGUAUUUGAAUGGCGGGGCGGCCGACGGUCUGGACAUGAACGUCGGCUACGCGUGGAGGAAGGGAUACACGGGAAAAGGGGUAGUCAUAACCAUUUUAGAUGAUGGCAUUCAGCCCAACCAUCCAGACUUGUCGCAAAACUACGACGGGACCGCAUCGACCGACAUAAACGGGAACGACACGGACCCGACGCCGCAGGACAAUGGCGACAAUAAACAUGGCACCCGGUGCGCGGGAGAGGUGGCUGCGGUCGCGUACAAUAGGUACUGCGGCGUCGGUAUUGCGUACAACGCGAGCAUUGGAGGCGUCAGGAUGUUAGACGGCCUUGUUAAUGACGCAGUCGAGGCCCAAGCGCUGGGCUUCAACCCCCACCAUAUAGACAUAUACAGCGCAUCCUGGGGGCCCGAGGACGACGGCAAAACUGUCGACGGACCUGGCCCUUUAGCUAGAAGGGCCUUUAUAAAUGGAGUGACUAACGGGAGGGGAGGAAAGGGGUCGAUCUUUAUAUGGGCGUCGGGCAACGGAGGAAGGCACACCGACUCUUGUAACUGCGACGGAUACGCAAAUAGUAUUUUCACGAUAUCGGUAUCUAGCGCAACUCAAGGCGGUUAUAAACCGUGGUAUUUAGAGGAAUGCUCUUCUACAUUGGCUUCGACUUAUAGCUCCGGUACUCCGGGGAGGGAUAAAAGUGUUGCCACUGUUGAUAUGGAUGUACAAUUAAGGCCGGAUCACUUAUGUACGGUAGAUCAUACGGGCACGUCUGCCUCCGCCCCUUUAGCUGCGGGCAUAUGUGCAUUAGCACUAGAAGCAAAUCCUUUACUGUCGUGGCGAGACAUCCAACAUCUAGUCGUUUUAACUUCAAGGUCACAGCCAUUAGAGAAAGAAGAAGGGUGGAUCGUAAAUGGAGUGAAGCGAAAAGUAAGCCACAAGUUUGGCUACGGUCUAAUGGACGCCGCCCAAAUGGUCACAUUAGCCGAACAAUGGACCGGCGUGCCACCUCAACACAUUUGCAAGUCGCAAGAAAUAAACGAGGACAAGUCGAUCGAAACUUCUUCCGGUUACACGAUAUCAAUGCAUAUGGAUGUCAAUGGGUGCAGCGGUACCGUAAAUGAGGUCAGGUUUUUGGAACACGUUCAAUGUAAAAUUUCACUCAGCUUUUUCCCCAGAGGUAAUUUGCGCAUACUGCUUACAUCACCAAUGGGAACGACUUCGACCCUUUUAUUCGAAAGGACGCAUGACGCCACAAGCUCUAAUUUUGACGAUUGGCCGUUUUUAAGUGUCCAUUUCUGGGGCGAGAGCGCCGAAGGACGAUGGACCCUUCAGAUAAUAAACGCUGGAAAUAAUCACGUGACCCAAGCGGGGCUAUUAAAAAAAUGGCAGCUGAUUUUUUACGGCACCGCCACUAACCCCAUUAGACUUCGAAAUAAAAGCUACUUUACAUCAAAUAAUAACGCAUACCAAGACGAGAAGGCUUAUCACGUAAACGACGUUUACGAUGCCUCCGAAUAUUCGCAAUUCCUCAACGAAAUCGAGCUCGGAAUUUCGGACAGACAUGCCAAUCCCAAAAAUAUUCCUUCCGCGCAAAGAAAAAAUGUUUUGGCGGAUGCCAAUGAUAAACAAGUGCAAAGGCUAUGCGAUCCGGAAUGUGAUUCACAGGGCUGUUAUGGCAAGGGCCCUACGCAAUGUGUGGCGUGUAAACAUUACAGGCUGGACAACUCAUGUGUGUCGCGCUGCCCGCCGCGGAGUUUUGUGAAUCAAGGUGGCGUGUGCUGGCCCUGCCACGAGUCAUGCGAGACUUGCGCCGGAGCCGGCCAAGAUUCCUGCCUGACUUGCGCUCCAGCUCAUCUCUUGGUCAUCGAUCUAGCCGUCUGCUUACAACAAUGCCCGGAUGGCUACUAUGAGGACCCCGAUGCCAACGCCUGUUUCCCGUGCGCAGAGCACUGUGACACAUGCUCUGAGAAAGCAGACAUGUGUGCCUCUUGCGCUCAUAACUAUGUACUUUAUAACGGUUCUUGUUUGGCGACGUGUCCGCCAGGCACAUAUCAAAAGGAUGACUUUGGUUGCUUGCCCUGCCACGGGACCUGCGAGUCAUGCAACGGUCCGAGCGAGACGGCGUGUGUCUCAUGCAGGAUCGGCAAUUACGUAUUCAAAGGCCGUUGCGUUGAAAAAUGCCCAUCCGGAUAUUACGCAGACGUUCAGAGAAGAGAGUGUGUAGCAUGUCCCAUUGGGUGUUCAAUGUGCUCAAACAUAAUAUGCACAGCAUGCAAAGAUAAAUGGAUUUUUACUAAAGGAGGAAAAUGUCUCCCAAGUGGCAACGAGAAAUGUGAUACAAACGAGUACUACGAGGAAGGUCGAUGUAAAAAUUGCCAUUCUACUUGUGAGAAAUGUAGCGGUUCGAAUGAGUGGGACUGUUUGUUUUGCUCGAGCCCGCUGUUAUUACAGGGAUCGAGGUGCGUGGCUGAAUGCGGGCAGGGAUAUUUCCAGACGGCCGGACGGUGUUCAAGGUGUCCGCACACGUGCACUGCCUGCGUGUCGCGAUUGAACUGUACGUCUUGUGCGGGUGCUUUGCGUUUACAGUCCGGCACGUGUAGAGCUACCUGUGCUCCUGGGUACUACCCUGACGAAGGAACCUGUUCAAAAUGCUACCUGUCGUGUGAGACAUGUACAGGCCCUCGAAGAGACCAGUGUGCAUCUUGCCCUCCAGAAUGGAGGUUAGCCGCUGGCGAGUGCAGGCCAGAAUGUCCUCAAAACUUCUUUCCAUGGCAAGACAGUUGCCGGCGGUGUCACCAUUACUGUCAAGAUUGCCACGGCGCGGGGCCGCAGCGUUGUACGUCUUGCCCAACACACUUCUCCUUGGAGAACGGCCUAUGUGUGGAGUGCCUUAGUUCCCAAUACUACGAGCCCAGGACGCGGACAUGCCGUCCUUGUCACGACUCCUGCAGGUCUUGUUCCGGGCCUGGGCCUACAAGUUGUGUCACCUGUGCUCACCCAUUGCGUUUAGAUAGGGUAAAUCACAAAUGUCUGCCAUGUUGUACAGAAAGCAUGGAUUCAAAUUUUUUGAGCACCAACGUGUCGACUGAUUGUUGCCAUUGCGACAAAGAUAUAGGAGGCUGUUUAAACGGCUCAUCGGCGGGUAAGCGGCGCAUUGCGGAGAACAUUCGCACUCAUAUAACAGCCUCGUUUUUUGUUGACGAUUCGAAGGACCGCUCGAAUAUCUGGGACCACGAUUUAUUGGCAGUGGGGAGUGUCGGCGCGGCGCUUCUUGUAGUCGUCAUAGUAUUUAUAGUUAUAAGGUUUAACAUAAAGAAGCGAAAGCGGCGCACAGUAUUCCCGCAAGCUGAAUACUCCCAGCUGACAACCCUUGACGAGGACAUGGUCCCUCUGAAGGCGACAGCCCUCACCGUCACGCCGGAGAAACAAGUAGGCCUACUGGAGGAACCAACAUAGUGAAUACAGAGUCAAUAUAAAUAGGAUAAGCCCUGUUGUGGACUUGCCGGAUGAGGCCUUACCUUGUCUCAAGGGUAUACGUUUUUCCCCUUGUAACAGUGGCACGGUGCACAAGAGUAGGUAAACAUAUCUUUGAAGUCAGCUGUAUAAAUCAAUUCGAAAGAGUUGUUCGACAUUCCAGUUACAGACAGAACAAAGUGUAAAAGAAAGAUGUAGAUUUUAUGUUGUUUUCCUUACGGCUGUCUAUAAAAACUUUAAUUGUUUGUUUUUAAACCUACUUUAAACAGUUUGUGCUGAAGGUUGCACUUCAAUUUAAACUUUACUGCAUUUCGUUGUCUUUAAACUUUUAUAUAAACGAUUAAAGCAUUAUGAAUCACAGGGAUAAAUUCAAAUGGGUAAAUAAGUGGUACGUUGGUUCAAGGGUAAAAAUUUAAGGCUGGCAAUCUUGACGUCCCACCGGAUUUUUUCCUGUCAAUUGUAAUUCACUUUUACACGCCCGUUACCCUUUUCCGUUUUGUUUUGGCUGUUAUAUUGAGAUAAAUUCCUUUAUAAUUAUUAUUCGCAUCUCACAAAAGAUCAUCCGGCAUGUUUGUAACAGAGAUUAAACUACAGACUGAUGUGUAAAGGUUUGAAUAUAUGAAUACUGUGUACAUAGCUUAGGAAUUAUAUAAAUAAAUGAUAUAGACCACUUUGACAUGGCCAAAGAGUUGUAGUCAAUUUAUAAAAUGUUAGUCGAGUAGUUUAACUGUAUUAAUAUUUUAUUAAAAUAAAAGUUUUAUUACUAUUAACGAUGCGAAAGUCAAUUUUGAAUUUCCGUAGCUAUUUGGUAGGAUUAUGGAGUACUAAAAGACAUAGCCUAAUAACAAAAUAUGUUUUCCGUAUUUAGUAGGAAUCAAUUAGGAAUCUCCGUGUCACUUUUCUAGUUGUUACACCUAUCAAAACAAUUUGAAUCAGAAAGAGAUGUUUUUAAAAUAGAAUGUACUGAAAUGUAAUUUGUGGGCAACAAGAAUCCAUUAUUGCACGCUAACAAAUAGUCAUAUAUAUAGUCAGGUGGCAUUGUCAAGUUGGUGAGAUAGGCGCCAGCAUAGACUAUUUCGGGUUGCUUUAUCCCGUCAGUGCCUUUAGAAACAAGUACAUAUAAAGAAAUAGUAUCAUAUAUAUA